AUCCACCUCUUCCGUUCGGGGCAAUGCGACACAUACGAACGCGAUUAUCUGCCGGACAGUUCGACAGCGAUCCCUCGAGUGUUGCGAGCGUUUUUAAUCCAAUUUUCCAAUCUAUUUUCCUCCGUCGAACGUGCACGGCGAUUAAACAAGUUCACGAGUGUCGAGACAAGUACAUUGGUUGUGUUCUGAAGGCGUGAUUCUAUCAGUUAACUGUUCAAGUGUGCAUCGGCUACAUCGCGAAGAAAAAUGUGACGACGAUGAAUCGGGUACAGACGGGGAACUCUUCCUGGACGGCGAGCAGCCUAUAACGUUCGUCAGUCACCUCAAUUCACUACUGGAAUAAUAAUUUGAGCAUAAAUAUGUUUAUUUAAACCUGCUAAACACAUGGAUUGAUAUACGAAGUAAAUAAACUCGACUUGCAUGAAAGUAUCGCAAAUUUUCUAUACGAUCACGACUGCAAUCGAGGAGCUCGUAAACAUGAAUUCACAUCGAUGAAACAAGCCCGAUUUAUUGAUGUGGUUGAGAAAAAUCUGUUGGUGCGACUGUAAAAAGUGUGUUACGUCGUCAAGGAUUGAAAUCACCUUUUGAAACCGAAGAAAAUGGCGUUACGUGAAAAAGAGAGUUCGAAUGAACGUGAACUUUGUAAAGAUAAUGAGAAUCGGCGUGCGUGACCUAUAAUCACGAUUUAUUGAAGCGUCGUCCUAGAAGACAACGUGGGCGAUACGUGCCGAUGCAUCGUUAUCGAGGCUCGUGCCGGUUAAAUACAAUUUAACACGACAACUUUGUUGUACGAGACUCUUUCCAUGACACGUGCAUGAUAAUAUACUUACUGCGGUGCGACACGUGCCGUUGUUUAGAGAUAUUUUGUACGGCCACGCGGCCGCCCGUUCCGCAUUGCACACGACACACGUACGGAACUUUGUGACGUGCUCAAGUGGCUGUAUUACAUUCCAAAAGAUCCGCUAGGCUUUGGCGGAUAAGUACCUCAUAAUACCUCGCCGAAGUUUAAAGUUCCUAAUAAAAACCAAGCACAGCAAUGUCGUGUCAAAGAGAAAUAACCGUGACUGCAAAAAACUUAGCGAUGCCAAUGAAACGCGAUCGAUUACCGAUCUUUUGUAUUUUAUCGCUGGAUGAAUAGCUCGAAGAACAAACUCCAUAAAAUAGUUGUCCAAAUGAACUAAACUCUGAACAAGUGUUUAAAGUAGUCGAAACCUUCUAGUCAUUUAAAGUGAUAGCAUAUUGAUAAAAAAAAAAAAUUAACAAUAAUAAUAUAAAUAACACGAUAAGCUUAUAAAAAUGGAAAAGUUGGAUUGAAUUCGUCCACGAUAAUCAGUAUUAUUUUUUCGUACGGAGGUCGGAGGAAGUGCAAUACAGUGAUUCGGAGGUAUAAAUAAAUUGGAAAGAUGUAUUCGAUGGACAAUUUGGGUCUCGAUAUGAUGAACCGUCAUUACAUGUACGAGGCGCACAGUUUUCUCGGUAACCCGGCAAUUCCAUCGGUACCACCGCAUUGCUCAUUGCCAGCGACGGCAAGUUUAUCUCCGAUUGUUUCUCAACUGCCUUCCCAUCCAUCUGGGAGUACCGGGAGCUGCAGUGGUAGUGAAUUUUAUCCGUACGAUGAAAACAGCCGUGACAAUCUCAGUACGUGCAGCAGCGAUCAGGAAAAUCAUACGAGAAAACGAAGUUGCGACGGGAGAAGGAGCGUCGGCGGUUCAUCAAAACGUCCACGACAAGCCGCUCAGCAAAGAAAAAACGCAAAUCUUCGUGAGCGGAGACGAAUGCAGAACAUAAAUGAUGCAUUCGAGGAUUUGAGGGCUCAUUUACCUACGAUGCCAUACGAGAAAAGAUUAUCGAAGGUGGACACGUUAAAACUGGCGAUAGGUUACAUAAAGAUACUCAACGAUUUGUUGAGAGCCGACAAAGGCAACGAUUCAAUAACCGGAAAUGGCACUCUCUCGAGAUGUUCCAGUCGAGUGGAUUCUAUGAAAGUCAUAGUUUAUGUGCUGGCAAUCAAUUCAUCUCGCACUCGUUGUCGUGGUCCCGGAAAACCGAUAUUUUGCCGAACGGUACGAUAUUCGCCAAAGUGUGGACCCCCGAGGAUCCACGAACGUCGAAAACAGCGACGCCUUACGAAUAGAAAUCCUCGGCUCGUAUAUGUAUCAAGAAAUUGAGAGAAUACAAAGAACGAGUGC